AUGCCUGCUCCGUGUUUGGAGAAUGCAACUGCUCAGGGGCGUUAUGCCCCGCCCGUGCAAUCCAACAUUCCAGGUGCCACUGACACAACGGACCUAGGCUGCAGGUACGGGAAUCCACAGAUGUGGGCCCACUGCGGCGUUUGCUGCGGCAUCCGCCCGCAUUUUAACUGGGUAAUCGGAACUUGCGAGGAGACGCAGGGCACAGGUCAGUUCUGUGCCAAUCUGCCCGACUGCGUGAUCAACGGCUCUCCGAAGAUCAACUAUGUGGCAGCAUACCAAUACAACGGUCAGGAGUUCGUUCUCAUGGCGGAAUCCACAGUUGGCGAAAUUGAUGAACAAGGUGUGCAUGGCAAUUUCUGGAAUGGUUCUGGUUUUGUGGCUCACAACGCAUCGUUUCGAUGGAGUGCCGGCGACUGGACAACGAAGUAUGCGCCAUGGGCACGGAUUCUGGGAAUUGAUGGCCCGCGCGGCGUGACCCCACCGGCAGGCAUGUGGAUCCUCAGCGCUGAAAACUUUUACUACGGCGCCUUUUACAUGCUGUCCCAGUUGGGAAUUAACCUCGAAGGCCAAGGAAAUCCGACGGGCACCAACUGUUGGAUGUGGGAGUUGGACCCGGUCGAGGGCAGCGCCGGGUGGGAUCCGGGAGCCCCCUUGCCCGGGAACUUGAACAUGCUCUACAGCACGGAGAAUGCCCAAGCAUCGGGAUGCAUGCCCAUCUCCUACACUUCGGCGCAGGCAAAUGGCAUGGGCACGGAGUUCAAGUUUCCAGAGGACUUCCGCGCCAGCUGUCAGGCACAGCCCAACCAAACCGGCUGCCGACCGUGGGAGGAAAGCAUCCAAUGGGGUGGCGGAGCGCAGGGCUCUCAGCGCUUCGAGAACCUGUGGGACGAGCCCUACGUCUUUGCGGUUGUGGUGGAUGCCAAAGGUUACUGGAUUUACCGUUGGCGGCCCAUGGCGUACAUCAGCCAGGAGCUGACUGGAUGGCCUGGUGUGGAACGCUAUCGGGCCCGUCGCAGGCUCCCUCCUCGCCCGAUGCCUGUCACGAACCCUCGAGGCCUUCGCACGGACGUGCCUGGGGAUGUUGAGGAAGCGGUCAUUCAUCAACCCGGCCUUACACCCGAAGCGACAUGCUUGCGCUCCAGCGUCGAGCAGGUCACCUGGCAGUGGGGUGCCGAUGCCUUGGCAGCCAUGGCGCAGGAGCUGGGAGAAGGCGGCAAGGGAGCGCGCUUCGAGGGUGCCCAAAACUGGUGGUCGGCCUUUGCGGACACGCGGCAGAACAGCGGCAACUACCCGCCUUCCAUCAUGGGCGUGGAGGGCAAAAGUAUGGGCGAGAGGCUGAAUUGCAGCACGCCCGGCACGUUCACCUGCGCCUGUGAGGUGCAGCGCCGUCGCGAGAUGCUCAAUCGGCAUACGCCGCCCAAGGGCGCAACGGCUGUCUUCAUCUGA